GGCCGCCAUCCGGGCUCAAGUUGGCCGCCAUCUGGAAGCAAGAAUUGAAAAACAUGGUGCCAUGGCCCACGCCCGCGUGGACCGCUCUCAUUUACAGCCUCAUCCCCGCUGAUGGGAGCAUCAUGACGCGACAGCCGUCCUUUCCACGCUCACUGUUGAUCGUCUUGAAAUUUGUAUAUCGCCACAAUCUUACCGCAACUCCCCAUCAACAUUGGAACAGAAACUACUGAUAUGGUCAAAACUAUCGAGUCGUACAAAGAGUUCAACGAGCUCACGGUACUUCCAGAGAUCACCAGCUCUGACGUCGUCAUCAUCCACUUCUGGGCUACUGGAAGUGGUCCAUGCCAGACCAUGUCCCUGUCCUUUAGGUCUCUUGAAAGCGAUUACCCUGGCACAAAGUUUUACAAGGUCGACGUCGACAAACAUCCCGACAUCGUCGCAAAACUUGGAAUCAGCUCGUUGCCCAUAUUCGUUGCUCACAAGAACGGCACGAAGGUUGGCGAUUAUGUUGGCGAUAACCCCCAGGGUCUAGUCGCACAGCUCGAGACGGUCGCUGGGGCUCGAUGA